AUGGCAUGUGAGGUGUUGUUAAAUUUCAGUGAAAUGUUUGGUUACACUAGCCAUCUAGGAUGGGAGGCUGCAUAGGCAUAACGAGGGCAAGAAAUGCCUCCGUCGACAACACUACAGGAAAUUCCACGAGAGUAAAUUCAGGAAAUUCAAGGAAGAAUCAUCCAUUAUGCCAUGAGGCAAUUAGGUGGAAAUCAGAUGUACCUUUGACAGAAGGACAGCUAAGAAGUAAAAGAGAUGAAUUUUGGGAUACUGCACCUGCAUUUGAUGGACGUAAAGAAAUAUGGGAUGCAUUAAGAGCUGGGGCAACGGCAGCAGAGGCCCAGGAUUAUCAAUUAGCACAGGCUAUAUUAGAUGGAGCUAAUAUUUCUGUGCCAAAUGGUUUUUUAACAGAAUGUUAUGAUGAAUUGGGAACCAGAUAUCAAGUCCCUAUUUAUUGUUUAUCAUAUCCUAUUAAUAUUGUAAAAGAAGAUAGUGGAAGAGAUUCUCCUGCUGACUGUUCAGAACCUAUUGAUAGUGGAGUUGAGCAGACAUUGAAGCUGAGAUUAUCAACUACAUUAGGAGAAGUUAAAUUGCCUGUUUACAGUAAGGACACUAUAGCUACUGCUAAAAAGAAAUUGCAGAGUCAGGAAGGUCUUGAACCAUCUCGUCAAAGGUGGUUUUUUGGUGGAAAGUUAUUAGGUGAUAAAAUGCAUAUAGAAGAAGCAAAGAUACAACCAGGUUAUGUAAUACAAGUAAUUGUAAAUCCAGAAAAAUUGGAUGACAGUCCUGUGAAAACAAGUUGAGCUAAUAUUAUACAAGAUAUACAAGUCAUAUUGAACCAUCUUUCUCUGAUAAGCACAUUCUUACCUACAUUCAAAGUAAGAAUAUAUUUCUUUUUUAAUUUUAUAUUGUGUCAUUAUUAAGAUCAAAGCAGCAAUUCUUGAAGUGAUUUUUUAUAAUAAAAUGCACUUAAAACAUAAUUCUCGUAAUAUAUAAUUGUUAUAAGUAUUAAAUAAUAUUGCGUUUAAAUUGUGGGUUGUGAUUAUUUAAUUUUUAUUAAUUUAUAUACUAGCUCAAAAGAAAAAUACAGUGCUAAAUAUAUGCCGAAAUAAUCUCUUAAAGAGUCCUUAUUAACAUUGGUUUAAAGUUACAUAUACAAAAAGAAGUAUAAACACGAUUGGUAAUUAAUAACAUUUACCUCAUAGCAGGAAUGUUGUUAUACUAAUUUGUUACUACCAACGAAGGUGCUGGUGCUGUAACACUUGGGAAACUAAGUAUACAUGUAGAAAAUUAUUCUAUGCUGCUUAUUAAACCAUGUUGCAUAAUUAUAUGAUAUAAGAAUAAAAACAUACACUUUAAAAAAAGAUUAUAAUAAUAACAAUAAUAAUAAUAAGAAAAUUACGGAAAUAUUGAUGAAUAUAAAAAUACAAUGGACAAUAGUGAAAAAAUGAACAAGGUAUAUGCUGAUUAUUAAAUUGCAUUCUUUUGUUGUAUUUCUUACAGAUUUUAUUUUCUAGGCUUUUUGGAUUUAUAAUUAAUAACUAUAAUUUUUCUAAGGAUAAAUCAAUAGAAAAGAUUAUUAACAACCUUUGUUGCAUAAUGUGUGAAAUAUACAGUUCAAUGAUGUUUUUCUUUUGAUCGAAUUCAUUAAAUUUUUGUAAUUGUAUUGUGAAUGUUUAUAAGACAUAAGUUUGAAUUAUUUCACAAAAGUACAUGUUUGGCCUAUUAAUGGCCUAAAAUCUUCGAUUCCUUCCUAUAAGUACUAAUAAGAUAUUAUAUAAGGUCUACAUAGCUGAAUAAUGCACGAGAAAAGAUGUAAGACUAAUAAUUAAAUUACAUGUGGUGCAGAACGUAUAAUUUUUAUACAAUUUUAUCAGCACAAUCACUUUCACAUCUGUGUUAUACGUGCUUAUGAUAAAAUGAUCAACACAGUAAAAUCAAUAUUGCUAGUUCAAUUUUAAUAGCACCUAAUUCUUACUUCUGCCCCACAUGUUACACAGAAAGCAAAAAUGAUAUAAAGUAUAAUUAUAAAAAAUGACAUAUUAUGCGUGUGAAUUUAUUGACUGUACUAACACAGCAGUGAUAAAGUUUGUUUUUCAUAUGCAUUGAUCAUAAAAUUAUAAUAUAUAGUAUUGCGUGUGCGUGUAUGUAUAAUACGUAAUAUAUUAAAUAUGUAUGUAUACAGGUACAUAUGUUGGUUCCACUAUUCUCAAUUUGAGUGUCAAAGCAAACAUAUUUAAUCUUAUAAGUAACUUAUUUAUAAAUUGGGUAAUUGCAUACAAGUUAUAAUGACAAAAAAAUGACUGGAAGCAAUCAUUAAAAGAUAUGAACAUACAUAAGUGUAUAAAACCCUGUUCAUAUAAAAAAAAAAAGAAAUCUUGUGUUAACUAUGCAUUUCCUUGAUAUAUUAUAAAAAUUAGUGCAAAUAAAGGGAGCACUUGUUUUAAAUUUAAGAGUUUCCGAUAGAUCAGUCUUUUAUUUACAUGUUAAUUAAUUGUGUUCAAGGACUAACAUUUCUUUAUACAAAGAAAUAAAACUUGUAAAAUAAUCUGUAAUGAUGCAAUGAAGGAAUUCUUGUUUGAUCCAACAUGUGAUUUCUUUGAUAAAGCAGUAACAUUGUCUAAAGUAUUAUUUUAAAUGAUCUUUAGCCUAAGCACAAAUGACCGAUAGUUAACAAUAGACUAAAGUAUAGGCUGGUUAGCUUAUGUGAUUGAUUAAAACCCUAUCUCCAAUGUAUAAAAUGGAAUGUGUUCCAUUUGUUCUAUUGGUUAUGUGCAAUUAGGCUUUAGUUCAUAACUACGAAAAUGGGAAUGGUAAUAUCGCAUUUAUAGAGAGACAUUCGUUACCAGGAACUAAAGACAUAAGAUUCUCAAUGAAACAAUAAAUUCUAUCAGACUGAUAUUAGUUUUGCAAUCUAAGAUUUGAGUUAUUUGCAAUAUAUUGCAAGAGACUGCAUUUUAAGUUCAUUUUGAUUAAUAUUCAAAUAAUACAGGAAGAUUAUUUUUUGUAUAGUAUCAAUUAAACUAUAUUUUUCACACAUGUUCAUAUAAAGAUUUUAAUAUAAAUGUUGCGUUUUUUAAGUGAUAUAAUUUGUAUUUGUAUGAAUGAUAAUAUACAUUUUCCGUUAAUACUCAUGUCUGUAUAAUAUUAAACAGAAAUAUGUGAUGCGGCGCAAUUGUCAUAUAAUAAAUGAAAAUAUGACGAGUGUAAAUAAAAAGCGUUAUAAUAACGAAAGUGCAA